GCCAUUUUGUCAGCACAGUACAGGACGCCCCAUCUGGCCUCGCCUUCUCUGGCCGGGAUUAGUAAACAUUUACGAAUCGCGUAAAGACGGUACCCGGGUGGAUGAGAGACUGUCCAGCGGGCCGGUUUGCACCCAAAAUACGUCUACCAGGCGCUUUGUCCCCGAGGACAGAAGCGACAAAAGUUAGCCAACAGCCAUGGCGUUGAAGAUUGUUAAAGGGAGCAUCGAUCGGAUGUUCGAUAAAAACCUUCAAGAUUUAGUACGUGGCAUUAGGAAUCACAAGGAAGAUGAGGUAAAACGAUUAGCUGAGUUUUCGUUCAUGUCUGAUUUCCACUGUCAGUAAGUCAACAUUCGUGUAACACAUCUCAUUGCAAAAUAGCUAGCUAGCCAGAUAACCUAAUGUACUAUAUGAUGGCAUUGCCAACGCAACGUUAGCUUUCUGGCUGGCGGUAAUAUGCUAUUUCUAAUGUUAGCUAGCUAGCUGCUAUCCGCAUAUGCAGAUAAACUGCAAUGAAAAUAUGUAACGUUAUAUACCAAGUUAACCAGGACUGAGUAAAUGCACUAAUACUAACUAGCUGUCUAAUUAGUCAACUCGAUAACUGUCAUUACUCAAUAAUAAUCGUCAUAUGGCUAACUAGCUUGAUAACGGUAUGUUUCGUUGCCGGUCUUGCACGAGCUACUUUUUACUGAUCGUGAAACGCUACCUUGUUACGCCUCGUGGCAGCUGGUUUCAGGUGAUCACCUUGACCGAUAAGAUGCCGUGUAACCAUUCAAACUUUAGUUAACUAGCUAGCAAGUGACAUCUAGGAAACUAACUAGCCAAGCUUAUACACCUCAGCUGGUGAUGAUUGAGGAUGAUGCGCGGAAUGGAUAACGCAUCUGUCUUGUUCAGCACUAUUUUCUCUUCAUUUAUUUGCUAACGGACAGUAGUAAAAAAUAGUUAUUUUUGCGUAUAAUGUCCAUCUAUUGCAUUAAUACAAAAACACAGACAUGCAAACAAGAUCUAGAAGGUGAUUUUUAUUUUGUAUGCCUCUACAGCGUCUAUCAGUGACAACGUUGCAUAGGUGGAAGAAAGGAUGCUUCUGCCACACGCCUUCUCAGACAGCCUAGACUGAAAAACAGUCCCAUUUAAUUUACCCUUAAGCAACCACACUUUCUCCACCUUUAAUUAAUUUUGUUUGUACAAGUAUGCAGAUAAAGUGAACUGAUAUUCAAGAUGUCAGACAGCAGAUCACCAGAUGAUGGGCUUAUAUAAGUUCACACACAGUAAUGUCAUAAUCAUGCUUUAGUAAUAUGGUUGUAGACUAUACUAGUUAUGUAUACUGAGUUUACAAGAACAGCAACGUCAGAGGACAUUCAAUGUGGUGUGGAAAACAUAAAUAUUCAUACAAGAAAAGGUUUACACAAAUAUUUCGAUAACGGGGCACAGCCUCAAUAACGGUUGAUUAUAGUUCACUGUGACAUACUGACAGCUUUUAUGGUAGGUCGAAGUGCUCCUGUCUUCAUGGGUGUUGCACCAGUGUUUUCAGAAUGAUGUCAGUGACUGUGUGUUCGGCUAAUUAGGCUAGAUCAUCACAGAAUCAACAUCAUCACAGAGGGGGUCGACAGUGUUUUACCAUGUAGUCCAAUAGAGGGCACUGUUGUUAGGAUGAGCUUUGGAGGAGGAAGUUGCUACAGAAUAAAUUCCUUAGUUUUAAACCACUUUAGGUUUAAGAAAUUAUGCUGUUAGGCUGGAUAUAUUGCCACCAUUCAAUAAAAUUAUGCUGCGACAUGGGGAGUAUUUUAUUGCUGAAUGCUCUUAAGCAGCAGAGCGAGCAUGACCAGGCCUACUAAGAAAUGUUGAAUUUGGAAUGGGAUGUAGAUCUAGGUGUGAAAUCUAGAGUUUACCUGCUCCAACAUUUCAAGUUGUCUAUCUUGGGUUCUUUUUAUACACACCUUGAUUGAUCACUGCUGCUGGUUUCAGCAGAGUUGUGGUGGCCACUGAGCGCUAAUUUGCCCUGGCAGUUAUCUGGCAAAAGAAAGUUAAUGUUUUGUCAUGAAUUUGUCCAUUGCUUAACCAGACAUACAAAGCAUAAUAGCUUUGACUGUAUUUGACCACUGUACUAAACCAUGAUCUUUUGAUUCGGGUCCUAAUGCAUUCCCCUUUGUGUAACCCAACCCUGCUUAAGGUGUUGGUUACCCAGCCAACAGUGGACAACUCACUGAAAUAUUAAUUCUGUGUGUUCUCUCCUGGCCUGCCCAAGGUUUCUCAUGGACACUAUCUAUUUACUUUACGCAUAUAUGCUGAGGGAUAUUACACAGAUACAUCUAUUCUGUCACUCCCUCAUUUAGAAGGCAAGCAGAUCUAGGAAGGGUGAAGGCACACUGAAUGCAAUUGACAUUAAAUCCCAGAUUGUAGAAGACCAUAAUAUGUAACACUAACAAGUAUGGCAGGUAUUUUAUUGGCCUAUUCAUGUCCCCUGAGGUAAAAUAGUGUCUGAGAAGGUCUCUCCACUGUCUCCCCGUACCUCCUGGAGAACCUGAUGUGCUGGAAAAAUGUAGGCCUUGGCUCUAAAACAGCUACUACAAAUAUUUCAAUUGGAUCUAAAUCAGGGCCUAAAAUGUACACCCGCCACCUGCCAAAUGCGGGUAGAUUUUGGCAUUGGCAGGUAAGAUGUCUAUUUCACCAGCCACGUUGGCGGGUGGUCAGGGCUCCACAGUGCGAACAUUUCACUGGCAUUUGUGACUAAAAAUAGUCAAGUAUGAUCACAUUUAUAGUCAAAUGCUGCAGUAGCUGUUUUCAAAGUAUUUCUGCAGUUUUGUUUCAUAGCCAACACAAUCUCGCACUCAUUUUGUGCAAAUACGUACAAAAAGUAUUUCACCAGAUUUUGUGUGUUUUUGUACGACUUAAUUCGUAGGAAAAUACAUUUGUGGGGGGCAAACUUCGGAACAGUCUUUUGAAAGUUAUUGGAGCAAUGCAUUUUGGGCAAUGGUGUUCUACACUGCCUUUUGUGUCCCACAAGUAUUUAUAUAAAAUAUAAAAUGUGUUAACAACCAAAUAUUGUUAAUCAACCAGGUUGUCACCGAAAUAGUUAUAAUAUAAUAGUAGCCUUACAUUAAAACAUUUUUUUUUAUUAAUGCCAAUGCUGUUUUCUUGGGAUACUGGUCAGAUUUUAUGAGGGUUGCCAGAUUGCAGUAAAAAGCUGUAUUUGUCUUUUUUUGUGGUAUCGAUGAAGGUAUUUGAUUGGGGAAUUAAUUACAUUGAUAUGUCUAGUGAACAAUGUAUAAGAUACAAUGGGUGUGACGGAUACAAGUAGUCACUACAGGUGUGAUCAAGCCUUACAUCAAAGUUGCCUGAAGCUGAAUGGAAAGUGCUAUGCCCUGACGAGUUAUUCAGAAGAAACUCCUCUGACUGUCUAAUUUAAAUAAGUAAAUUUACCAGUGUGGACCCAAAACAAACACAUUAUACACAUUUACAAACUACCCUUUUAAAGUGUUAUUACAACCAUGGUGUUAUUUUGUUACUGAAGCUUAUACAGUGCAUUCGGAAAGUAUUCAGACCCCUUCCAUUUAUCCACAUUUUGUUACGUUAGACUUAUUCUAAAAUGGAUAACACUUUUUUUUAUCCCUCAUCAAUCUACGCACAAUACCCCAUAAUGACAAAGCAAAAACAGGUUUUUAGACUUGUGCUAAUUUAUUACAAAUAAAAAAAGAUCACAUUUACAUAAGUAUUCUGACCCUUUACUCAGUACUUUGUUGAAGCACCUUUGGCAGCGAUUACAGCUUGGCACACCUGUUUUUGGGGAGUUUCUCCCAUUCUUCUCUGCAGAUCCUCUCGAGCUCUGUCAGGUUGGUUGGGGAGCGUCGCUGCACCGCUAUUUUCAGGUAUCUCCAGAGAUGUUAGAUCGGGUUCAAGUCCGGGCUCUGGCUGGGCCACUCAAGGACAUUCAGAGACUUGUCCCGAAGCCACUCCUGCAUUGUCUUGGCUGUGUGCUUAGGGUUGUUGUCCUGUUGGAAGGUGAACCUUCGCCCCAGUCUGAGGUCCUGAGCGCUCUGGAGCAGGUUUUCAUCAAGGAUCUCUCUGUACUUUUCUCCGUUCAUCUUUCCCUCGUUCCUGACUAGUGUCCCAGUCCCUGCCGCUGAAAAACAUCCCCACAGCAUGAUGCUGCCACCACCAUGCUUCGCCGUAGGGAUGGUGCCAGGUAUCCUCCAGACGUGAAGCUUAGCAUUCAGGCCAAAGAGUUUUGGUUUUAUCAUACCAGAGAAUCUUGUUGCUCAUGGUCUGAGAGACCUUUAGGUGCCUUUUGGCAAACUCCAAGCGAGCUGUCGUGCCUUUUACUGAGGAGUGGCUUCCGUCUGGCCACUCUACCAUAAAGGCCUGAUUGGUGGAUUGCUGCAGAGAUGGUUGUCCUUCUGGAAGGUUCUCCCAUCUCCACAGAGGAACUCUUGAGCUCUGUCAGUGACCAUCAGGUUCUUGGUCACCUCCUUGACCAAGGCUCUUCUCCCCCGAUUGCUCAGUUUGGCCAGGCGGCCAGCUCUAGAAAGAGUCUUGGUGGUUCCAAACUUCUUCCAUUUAAGAAUGAUGGAGGCCACUGUGUUCUUGGGGACCUUCAAGGCUGCAGACAUUUUUUGGUACCCUUCCCCAGAUCUGUGCGUCGACACAAUCCUGUCUCGGAGCUCUACAGACAAUUCCUUCGACCUCAUGGCUUGGUUUUUGCUUUGACAUGCACUGUCAACUGUGGGACCUUCUAUAGACAGGUGUGUGCCUUUCCAAAUAAUGUCCAAUCAAUUGAAUUUACCACAGGUGGACUCCAAUCAAGUUGUAGAAACAUCUCAAGGAUGGUCAAUGGAAACAGGAUGCACCUGAGCUCAAUUUUGAGUCUCAUAGCAAAGGGUCUGAAUACUGUUUUGCAUUUGUAAUACAUUUGCAAAAUUGUAUUAAAACCUGUUUUCGCUUUGUCAUUAUGGGGUAUUGAUGAGGAACAGUUUUUAUUUAAUCAAUUUUAGAAUAAGGCUGUAACGUAACAAAAGUGGAAAAAGUCAAGGGGUCUGAAUACUUUCCAAAUGCACGAUAUAUCAAAUAACCUGACUAUGAUCCACAUCAUAUGGGUAGACGGUGUGUGUGUUAUGUAACAAAACACAACUAUAAUUUUUUUGUUCUGAUUUAAUGAGAUGGAUGUAGGAUUUUCUACGGCCUAGAAUCAAGGCCUUUCCCAGUCAUGAAGGACGAAGCUAGUCCCCUCUUGGUUCUCAUUGGCGAAGACUGAACUCAAGUUAGGGGUUAUAUGUCAGACUCUCCUGUACCACUUUGCCCAACAUGUUAUACCCCAGAGGAUGUAAAUAAACCCUUUUUUAAGGUGAUAUAACUUGUAUCAUUAUUAUAGGGCUGUGAAACCCAAAGCUGAAUGGCUUCAGACUGAGCAUUUUUCACCAUUUAUUUACGGAGAGCAUUUUCCGUUGUAUUUAAUUACAGUAGUGUGUUGAUAAAUUAUUUAUUUAUUCAGUGAAAAUACAAAAUAUGUAUAAAAAUACCAAAUAUACCAAAAGCUAAAUCGAGCAGAGAUUUACGACUAUUUAACCAUGUUAAUCAUUACUGAAACAUGCAAACUACAAACAUUUAACCAGUUAAAGAUAAUGAAUACAUGACAACUAGAUAAAAAUCAUACAAAAGUGACGUUGGCUAUAACAUGAUUACAAACUGUGUGUGUGUGUGUGUGUAUAUAUUAGAAUUUCCCAUCAUAAAAAUGUAUCCCCAUUCCCCAAUCAAAUACCUUCAUCGAUACCACAAAAAAUAUAUAAAAAAUAUCCAAUUUGGCAACCCUCAUAAAAUUCGACAUAGCCUUGUAUAAAAGGCAUUAUGAAAGAAAUGGUGUAAUGUACACGAAAAGUGGAGCCUUGUAUUAAAUGCAUUAUGAAGAAAAUAGUGUAAUCUAGGCUCCACGAAAUAUGAAAUGAGUUAUGAAGAAAAUCGUGUAGUAGGCCUACACGAAAAAAUUGCCUUUCUGACUACAAGUGCACCAGUAUCCCAAAGUAUUAAGUGAAAACAAGCAUAGAAAACAGUAUUGGUAUUCAUUUAAAAAACAACGUAAGGCUACUAUUAUUUCGGUGACAACCUGGUUGGUUAACAAUAUUGGGUUGUUAACACGUUCAUUUCUUUAUAUAAAUAAAUGUGGGACACAAAGAAAGGCAGUGUAGAACACCAUUGCCCAUCAUGCAUUGCUCUAAUAUCUUUUGAAAGAUUGUUCUGAAGUUUGCCCCGGAAAAAAGUAUUUUCCUAUGAAUGAAGUCGCACAAAAUCUUGAGUGGCCCAGCCAGAGCCCGGACUUGAACGAGAUCGAACAUCUCUGGAGAGACCUGAAAAUAGCUGUGCAGCGACGCUCCCCAUCCAACCUGACAGAGCUUGAGAGGAUCUGUAGAGAAGAAUGGGAGAAACUCCCCAAAUACAUGUGUGCCAAGCUUGUAGCGUCAUACCCAAGAAGACUUGAGGCUGUAAUCGCUGCCAAAAGUGCUUCAACAAAGUACUGAGUAAAGGGUCUGAAUACUUUUAACGUAACAAAAUGUGGAAAAAGUCAAGGGGUCUGAAUACUCUCCGAAUGCACUGUAUCUUGUGUAAAUUCAUCCAGUGUAGAUGCGUAUAGAUUGCAUUUGUAUUACUAUUUGGGUUGUUAAUUGGAUUUGUUCCGACAUUCCUUGGUUUCUUGUUCUUUCUGUUUUUUGGUUUUUAAAUUGAUUAUUUGUCUACCUGUUUGACAUUUUACUGCAUUGUUAGGAGCUAGUAACAUAAGCAUUUCGCUACACCCGCUAUAACAUCUGCUAAACUGUGUACGUGACCAAUGUAAAUUGUUGGUCUUCAUCUCUGCCCUGCAGCCUGAUUGCAAGUCUAAGUGCAAAAUCCAAUCCCCCCUCCAUCUCCCACUGUCACCGUCUCAUGAUUGCAGACAUAUGACCAGCACAUUUGCAUUAUAGAGCUGUGUGUGCUGGUGUGUUCCAAGGUUCUGUCUCACCAAUGUUUUACUCAGAAAGUGUAACCAGAUAAAUGUAGUGUAAAACCUUAGAUUAAAAGGCUACUACUUACUACUCCAAGUCCAGAAUAAAACCCAUUCAUUCAUAGACUGAAAACCCUCACAAGCCUAAAACAUAUCUGAUCAGAAGCUUGGUUUGAUUACCUUUUAUUUUAUAGCUGUGUAAAAUUAAUGACAUUUCAUAUGCUGUAAGACUCCUCCCCUUAGCCUGUAUUUUAGCUGGUUCACUGAGGUCAACCAGUGGUGAAAAGUAAUCCGUGAGUAUCAUGUGGAGGUUGUCAUUGCUCUCCGUCUGAUGUCCUGUCUGGUUUCUGUGUCUCCGCUCAGGCUAAGUACAUCUCUACCUGCAUCGAUGAGAUCAAGCAGGAGCUCAAGCAGGACAACAUUGCUGUCAAGGCCAAUGCUGUGUGCAAGCUCACCUACGUAAGACCACAGAUCAGCACCCCUCACUGAAACUGCCCUCACUGUGAACAAUAACACAGAGAUACACAAACAGUGAUGCACAACCAAAAACACUUCAGCUAUAUCCUAGGCCUGCUAUGUGUUAUUUUUCGCUAGAUAGCAGCUACUUUGAAUACUGCCCAUAUUCAGUAAAAGCUAUUUGAGAAUGCAUUUAGCCUGUGAGCUCUCACUGUCCACAGGGACAAUGUAGUGGAUGUCCAUGCCCUGACUCCCUCUCUCUCCCCUUGUGCGUUAACAGUUGCAGAUGCUGGGCUAUGACGUCAGCUGGGCUGCAUUCAACAUCGUGGAAGUCAUGAGCUCCUCCAAAUUCACAUACAAGGUGAGAGAAGUGGAAAUAAAACUGCAAGAUAAUGUGUAUGUGGUAUAUUUGAAACAUAUUUGGAUAUUCGAGAGCGUUUGAGGUUAAAUGUGGUGCUUCCUUUCUUCUUCAGAGAAUUGGUUACCUGGCCGCCUCCCAGUGCUUUCAUGAGAGCACUGAUGUAAUCAUGCUGACAACCAAUCAGAUCCGAAAGGUCAGUAAUGCUUUUUUGUCUUACACUUUUGGCCUGCCUGUCUGAUGUAUUAAAGACCAGCUCUGAUACCUGCUACACUAUAUAUACAAAAGUAUGUGGACACCCCUUCAAAUGAGUGGAUUAGGCUACUUCAGCCACACCCGUUGCUGACAGUUGUAUAAUAUCGAGCACACAGCCAUGCAAUCUCCAUAGACAAACAUUGGCAGUAGAAUGGCCCAUACUGAAGAGCUCAGUGACUUUCAACGUGGCACCGUCAUAGGAUGCCACCUUUCCAACAAGUCAGUUCAUCAAAUUUCUGCCCUGCUAGAGCUGCGGCGGUCAACUGUAAGUGCUGUUAUUGUGAAGUGGAAACAUCUAGGAGCAACAACGGCUCAACCACGAAGUGUUAGGCCACACAAGCUCACAGAACGGGACCGCCGAGUGCUGAAGCGCGUAAAAAUCAUCUGUCCUCGGUUGCAACACUCACUACCGAGUUCCAAACUGCCUCUGAAAGCAACAUCAGCACAAUAACUGUUCGUCGGGGCUUCAUGUAAUGGGUUUCCAUGGGCGAGCAGCCGCACACAAGCCUAAGAUCACCAUGCGCAAUGCCAAGAGUCUGCUGGAGUGGUGUAAAGCUCGCCGCCAUUGGACUCUGGAGCAGUGGAAACGCUUUCUCUGGCGUGACGAAUCACGCUUCACCAUCUGGCAGUCCGACGGAUGAAUCUGGGUUUGGCUGAUGCCAGGAGAACGCUAUCUGCCCGAAUGCAUAGUGCCAACUGUAAAGUUUGGUGGAGGAGGAAUAAUGGUCUGGGGCUGUUUUUCAUGGUUCGGGCUCCUUAGUUCCAGUGAAGGGAAAUCUUAACGCUACAGCAUACAAUGACAUUCUAGACAAUUCUGUGCUUCUAACUUUGUGGCAACAGUUUGGGGAAGGCCCUUUCCUGAUUCAGCAUGACAAUGCACAAGGCAAGGUCCAUACAGAAAUGGUUUGUCGAGAUCGGUGUGGAAGAACUUGACUGGCCUGCACAGAGCCCUGACUUCAACCCCAUCGAACACCUUUGGGAUGAAUUGGAACGCCGACUGCGAGCCAGGCCUAAUCAGCCAACAUUAGUGCCUGACCUCACAAAUGCUGUUGUGGCUGAAUGGAAGCAAGUCCCGCAGCAAUGUUACAACAUCUAGAGUGGAGGCUGUUAUAGCAGCAAAGGGGGGACCAACUCCAUAUUAAUGUCCAUGAUUUUGGAAUGAGAUGUUACAUACUUUUGGUCAUGUAGUGUAUGUCCUCCCCUCCCCUGUCCUUCUCUUUUUCUCUACCUCUUUCUUUCUCUCUUUUACAUCAAUUUUCUUCUUUCAGGAUCUGAGCAGUCCUAACCAGUACGACACAGGCGUGGCUCUCACUGGCCUCUCCUGCUUCGUGACCCCUGACCUGGCUCGGGACCUGGCCAAUGACAUCAUGACUCUGGUGAGUUACAUUCUCCAUCUCAAGAGUUCUUGCUGCACGUUUUUGUCUGUGUUUCAUGCUUCUCAGACCUCUCUCUGUCUCUGCUGCAGAUGUCCCACACAAAGCCGUACAUCAGGAAGAAGGCAGUCCUGAUCAUGUACAAGGUGUUCCUGAAGUACCCUGAGUCUCUGCGCCCAGCUUUCCCCAGGCUGAAGGAGAAACUGGAAGACCCAGACCCUGGUGAGAGAGACUAGUACCUAUCUGCCUACUCUGUUGGUUGGGGUCAGAUACAUUUUAUCACCUAGAAUCAUAAAGUAUGCAGUAACUAAGGAAAUGAGUGUCUUAACUGGAUGGAAGCUAUUUUAAGUAAUUUGGAUGUAUUUUACCUAAUUUGUGUCCUAAUGAUUCUUUCAGCAUGGAUGUUGUUGAUCUCAUCUGAACACUCUUCUCCUCCUGUGUGAUGCCUCUUUCCUGCAGGGGUCCAGUCAGCGGCUGUUAAUGUCAUCUGUGAGCUGGCCAGGAGAAACCCUAAGAACUACCUGUCUCUGGCGCCGCUUUUCUUCAAACUCAUGACCUCCUCCACCAACAACUGGGUCCUCAUCAAGAUCAUCAAGCUGGUGAGUGAACAGGAAGGGAGCUGUGGAAAUCACUGUGUCAGUAGCUAGGUUUCCAUCCAAUUGAUGAAAGAUUUUCAUGCAAGUAUUCUAAAAUCAGCCAAAAAAAUAUGCACCCAGGCUAACUUCGGUCGUCAGUUGAACGGUGUUUCCUCCGACACAUUGGUGCGGCUGGCUUCUGGGUUAACCGGGCGGGUGUUAAGAAGCGCGGUUUGGCAGCUCAUGUUUCGGAGGACGCAUGACUCAACCUUCUUCUCUCCCGAGCCCAUUGGGGAGUUGCAGCGAUGAGACAAGAUCGUAAUCCCGAAAUUGGGGAGCAAAUAUGCACAUUUUCCCACCAGUGGUGUGUUUCCACCAAACUGAUUUUGUGGUUAAAAAGCUGUGCGUGAUGAUUUAAAAGGUACUUUUCCCCUUAAAUUUACAUGUACCGAAUACACAUUAAAAGUUCCAUGUGUUGCCAUUGCAUUUUCAACUCUACCGAUAGUUUUGUCACAAACUAUUGCCUUAAAUUGUUAAUGUGCCAACUUGUGUCUUGGCAUGUGUGCUCUAGCCAACAGCUGGCAGAUACAUUGUGGGUAGGCUAGCCUACAUGAUGAGAUUAUUAUGGAUUAGAGCAAGAUUAUUUGUAUUUGUCAAACGGCAGCCAGGGAUCAAUCAUCAUGUCACCAGAAUAAGACCCUCAAUAUUUAAUUGGAAAGACGCAUCAAUCUCAUCACCGUGCACUUUCACCACCCUGUGAAGUUCAUCAUAACUGAAAAUCUGUUUUGCCUCUGUACUCCAGCACUUCGGAUUUGAAAUUAGACAAUGACUACAGUGAGGGAAAAAAGUAUUUGAUCCCCUGCUGAUUUUGUACGUUUUCCCACUGACAAAGAAAUGAUCAGUCUAUAAUUUUAAUGGUAGGUUUAUUUGAACAGUGAGAGACAGAAUAACAACAAAGAAAUCCAGAAAAACGCAUGUCAAAUUUUUUUUAAUUGAUUUGCAUUUUAAUGAGGGAAAUAAGUAUUUGACUCCUCUGCAAAACAUGACUUAGUACUUGGUGGCAAAACCCUUGUUGGCAAUCACAGAGGUCAGAAGUUUCUUGUAGUUGGCCACCAGGUUUGCACACAUCUCAGGAGGGAUUUUGUCCCACUCCUCUUUGCAGAUCUUCUCCAAGUCAUUAAGGUUUCGAGGCUGACGUUUAGCAACUCGAACCUUCAGCUCCCUCCACAGAUUUUCUAUGGGAUUAAGGUCUGGAGACUGGCUAGGCCACUCCAGGAUCUUAAUGUGCUUCUUCUUGAGCCACUCCUUUGUUGCCUUGGCCGUGUGUUUUGAGUCAUUGUCAUGCUGGAAUACCCAUCCACGACCCAUUUUCAAUGCCCUGGCUGAGGGAAGGAGGUUCUCACCCAAGAUUUGACGGUACAUGGCCCCUUUCAUCGUCCCUUUGAUGCGGUGAAGUUGUCCUGUCCCCUUAGCAGAAAAACACCCCCAAAGCAUGUUUCCACCUCCAUGUUUGACGGUGGGGAUGGUGUUCUUGGGGUCAUAGGCAGCAUUCCUCCUCCUCCAAACACGGCGAGUUGAGUUGAUGCCAAAGAGCUCGAUUUUGGUCUCAUCUGACCACAACACUUGCAGGCGCUGCAGGAUUUCAGUCCUUCACGGCAUAGUGUGUUACCAAUUGUUUUCUUGGUGACUGUUCUGAUUUUUCGUUAUUUAGCCCCCCGAAAAUGCUCACCAGGAAGCACACAAUGUCAUGACUCGUGUUUUGUCCUUAAUUUUAUUUUAAAUUAAAUGACCACAGGUCAUAAACCUGAAAUACAACAAACAAAUAAUGACAAUAUAUUAUUAAAAUAUAUAAUGUAAAUAUAUUAUUCAAAUAAUAUAAUGUAAAUAAUGAAAAUCAAAUAAGCCUGCAACACCAUCAAAAAUGUGGCAAAUCUGGCUUAAAACAACAUUGACUACAUCACCCAGAAUGCCUAGCGCCAGAGGAGCAUGCGCACAGUGACUCUGCCGUCACUGGUUUCUAUGGACGCUGUCACAGGACAUAGAACCCAUGCCACCACAUGCCUCGUCCAAAGGAUUUACAAACGCAACAACGCGGCACUCCACCAUGGAUCACCGAACCAAACCACCGCUAUCACCAUCGCCACCAGAAACCAGCAGAGUGCUCCGAACAAUCAGCACAACGCCAAUGGCUGAUAAUGAUAGCCUAAUGCUAUACAGCAUCUGGGUCGCUGAGCUACCGCACCCAGCGAGCCACAAGUUACUCUCGGCCAACUAACACCGACACAGUGAGGUAAACGUUCAGUGCUCAUACAUAUAAGUGACUUAAACAUUAAUGCUAGACUGUGAGUAGUUCGCAGUUACAUACCAACGGGCUGUGUGCUCCUGAUGAUUGUCUGCGGUGAAAUGAUUACCAGCUGCCAUAAUUUAAGUCUCUAGUGAAGCUGCACAUGCGCACAUAACGUAACAUAUCCGAGCAUCUAAGAAACUUAAAGAAAUCACUCGUUCCCCAUUUAAUUGAACACAUCAGACCCAUUUGCUUCUCUUUUAUCUAUUUAUAUAUAUGUUUUUUAUUUUUAUUUUCCUGAGUGAGCUAGAAGUCUCAACAGUGACUAUGGUCCCAGCUGCCUUGAGAUCAUUGACAAGAUCCUACCGUGUAAUUCUGGGCUGAUUCCUCACUGUUCUCAUGAUCAUUGCAACUCCACGAGUUGAGAUCUUGCAUGAAGCCCCAGGCUGAGGGAGAUUGACAGUUAUUUUGUGUUUCUUCCAUUUGCGAAUAAUCGCACCAACUGUUGUCACCUUCUCAUCAAGCUGCUUGGCGAUGGUCUUGUAGCCCAUUCCAGCCUUGUGUAGGUCUACAAUCUUGUCCCUGACAUCCUUGGAGAGCUCUUUGGUCUUGGCCAUGGUGGAGAGUUUGGAAUCUGAUUGCUUCUGUGGACAGGUGUCUUUUAUACAGGUAACAAGGUGAGAUUAGGAGCACUCCCUUUAAGAGUGUGCUCCUAAUCUCCGCUUGUUACCUGUAUAAAAGACACCUGGGAGCCAGAAAUCUUUCUGAUUCAGAGGGGGUCAAAUACUUAUUUCCCUCAUUAAAAUGCAAAUCAAUUUAUAACAUUUUUGACAUGCGUUUUUCUGGAUUUUGUUGUUGUUAUUCUGUCACUCACUGUUCAAAUAAACCUACCAUUAAAAUGAUAGACUGAUCAUGUCUUUGUCAGUGGGCAAAUGUACAAAAUCAGCAGGGGAUCAAAUACUUUUUUCCCUCACUGUAUAUGGUUGAAGUGCAGACUGUCAGCUUUAAUGUGAGAGUAUUUUCAUCUAUAUUGGGCAAACCGUUUAGAAAUUACAGCACUUUUUGUACAUAGACCCCCCAUUUUAGGGGACCAAAAGUAUACAAAUUCACUUAUAUGUAUUAAAGUAGUCAAAAGUUUAGUAUUUAAUCCCAUAUUCCUAGCACGCAAUGAUUACCCCCAAGACAUGCUAACCUCUCACCAUUACAAUAACAGGGGUUAGCAUUUUUUGGAAGAUAUGAUAUUUAUGUCACUAACUUUCUCACUCAUCAUUAUUUACGAUUCAUUCAGGAUUAUCCGUGAUCAUGGUAGCAUCCACAUUAGUGUAGAAGUGUUUAGAAAAAUAUUAUAUUCUUAUUUGCAAUAAAAGUGUCUCCAAAAUGACACUACAUUAUUUACCAUUCAUUUCUAUUAAAUCCAAAGUGCUGGAGUACAGAGCCAAAACAACAACAAAUGUGUCACUGUCCCAAUACUUUUGGAGCUCACUGUGUAUUCAUCUGUAGCCUAAUAAACUGCAUGCUUUCCCGUCAUAGUGGGAGGACCACACAACAUCAUCGCGUGACUAAACGUUUACUUGGAUAGGAUAGUUAUUAUAUCAAUAUUUGCGCAUUAUUAAUUUUACCGACAAACAAAGAUCUCACCUUGUCUAGCAUAUUUUUUUUGUCUAUUUGGAAAGCUUACCAACAAAUUUGCUGUUUCCAUCAGGCCUGUCGUGAUAUUUCUUAUCCGGCGUGCUUUAAAAGGUACUUUUCCCCUUAAGUUUACAUGUACCGAAUACACAUUGAAAGUUCCAUGUGUUGCCAUUGCAUUUUCAACUCUACCGAUAGUUUUGUCACAAACUAUUGCCUUAAAUUGUUAAUGUGCCAACUUGUGUCUUGGCAUGUGUGCUCUAGCCAACAGCUGGCAGAUACAUUGUGGGUAGGCUAGCCUACAUGAUGAGAUUAUUAUGGAUUAGAGCAAGAUUAUUUGUAUUUGUCAAACGGCAGCCAGGGAUCAAUCAUCAUGUCACCAGAAUAAGACCCUCAAUAUUUAAUUGGAAAGACGCAUCAAGGUUGGAUGGAAACCUGGUUAGUGAGUCAGUGGAAGUUACAAAUGAUUGCCCAGUAUCACAACAUGGAGAGGUGUUGUUCCUUUAGUGUGUGUAAUGGCGACGUGUGUGUUUUUCAGUUUGGUGCCCUCACACCCCUGGAGCCUCGCUUGGGGAAGAAGCUGAUUGAGCCCCUAACAAACCUCAUCCACAGGUGAGACACACACAGAGAUCCAACAACCAAUAUGGGUUUUGUUGAAUCCCUAUCACAAAAAGUUGUCUGAUGAAAAUAUUGACCUUCUGUCUAUCUCUACUCCUUUCCUUACCCUUUCUUCCUCUCACAGUACCUCGGCUAUGUCACUUCUAUAUGAAUGUGUCAACACUGUGAUAGCAGGUCAGUAUUCCACUUUUCACUUGUUCUUCUUGUAGCUAUAUUUAGUUGUCUGGUUAUCUGUGUGCUGGAUAGCCGUCCAUCUUCGUGAAGCUUGUGUAUAAACAGAAGACAUGGGCAGUGGAACCAAGCUAUUUUCUCAUUUAAAAAAAAAGAUAUACUCCUUGCCAUGUCUAUAAUCUCCAGUGGGGGCAGUUGUUUUGUUUGGGCCUUUGAUGUGCUACUGAGGAGGUUGUGUUGACUCAAUGCAGUUUGUUUUAUGUUAAGUGAAAACAUCACUGAGCUUUCAAGAUCACAGCUCUAACUGUGAACAUUUGUUUUUGACAAGUAUGAGAAGUUGUUGGCACAGCAGGAUUUGAUUGUGUUUGUCCUCUGUUGCAGUGUUGAUUUCCCUGUCCUCUGGGAUGCCCAAUCACAGUGCUAGUAUUCAGGUAAGUCCCAGACACCAGGUCCACUUUCCACUCUAGUUUGAUAUCAAUGCAUGUUUAAAUCUUCUUUGUUUUAUCAUCACAAGUCUCUCAGUAGAUGAACACCAACAGAUUGCGCAGGCUAGUGAAAUUGUGAUUUAAAGUGCAUCAGUUUCUGAUCUCCUAAAAUGUAUAGAAAUUCAUAAACUGUUCAAAUGACUUUAGCUGGGUUUUAUGGUUAUUGGUUUCACCCACUUUCUGUGAAUGUACAAAAUUGCUGUGCACAAAUGCCAAUAAUGGAGCUUGUUUGGAAAGGUUUAUAUUGAUAGUAAUGGCAUGUUCCCCUCUCUUCCUCCUCUCUCUCGCUCUCUCUCUCUCUCUCUCUCUCUCUCUCUCUCUCUCUCAGCUCUGUGUCCAGAAACUGCGAAUCCUAAUUGAAGACUCGGACCAGAACUGUGAGCCCUCUGUCAAUGCCUGCAGUGUGUCAUUCUCUCAUUGUCUGCGUGUUUCUGAGUAGCCACCCAUCUAGCUUACAGACAUCUAGAUCCCAAACUCUGGAUAACUCGACAUUUUGACCACUGCCCCAAAUGCGGGCCGGUUAAUAUUUCACUGUGCAUAGUUGCAAUUGUGACUAUGUCAAAAGGUAGGGUUUUGUCUUCACAUCCAUUUAUUAUACACCUCUACUUCAACAGGCUAUUUAGUUUCUAAACAUUCAGUAUAUUUGAGCAGUAAUUCAUCAGUCUAACAGCUUACAGCUAACAGUAAGUUAAACCAUCUACGAUCAUUAUGAUGCAGCUGGUGAUUCGAAUUAUCUGGGCACCUUAGUAGGUUGUGUUGUGUGUAGAUUAGACAUAUGUGGGCAGCUAUGUUUUGUUUUUAAUUGGAGUUCUCUAUACUGAUCCGUUUCGCUAGUUAGGAUCAUAACUUCAACAGGCUCUUGCCUUCUCUUGCUCCCAUCGACACCUUUUAAACUAUUAGUCUCAAACAUAGUACUGUUUACAGGGCUUCUCCUGACCUGCUCUGAUGAAACCAAGCCUGUAUCUGCACAGCGACAGCACUUUACAUCAAGGUCGCAUUCACACAUAUUGAUCCAUAAACCUGAUAUGCAGCUAUCUGUGCCGGAGGUAUCAACCGCUCCGAUAAUAAUCUGUUUAGUGUAUGUUUGCCUGAUUCAGCAACAAAAAAAAAGGUGUCUGUUAUCGGAUUAGUGCACUAUAGUUACAUCUACCUAUGACUCAAGUUGGUGGCAAAAAAACAAAACUUCCAUGUGUAUAUGUUGUCUCGUGUGAAUGUCUGUGUUCUCGCCAUCGUUCUGUUUGUUUGUAUUUUCCCUUUUUUUUUUUUUUUUUUAUUUCAUGUUUUGUAGAGAAAAUCAUAUAGAUGUGAAAAUAUCAGGUUGUCAGUCAGUAUGUUCCAUGCUAACAGAAUUGCGAGGAGACUCUGAUUUUUCACUUUAGAAUGUAUGCCAAACAAAAAACAUUGGUUUCAAAGUUUAACAAACCAUACAACUCUAUGCACAAUGACUACUUUGAACAAUUUACACAGUAAAUACAAAUAAAAAUAUACUGGUAACAGAAUUGCGGCAGAAUAUUCCUUUGUUUUAUUCUGUUACCAAACUUUGUACCUGCACAGUUCUUCCUAUAAAUGUGUUUUUGUAAAAUGUUCAGUGGGAUUGUUAAAAGUAGUCCUUGUGCAUAGAGUUCUAUAGUUUGUUAAAUGUUGAAAUCAAUGUUUUUUGUUUGGUAUAUAUUUGAAAGGGGGGCUGAACUUAGAGAUUUUGGUCUUGGAGGCGUGCUUUGGGUGUCGUGUGUGUGUUCAAACUUGGGAAGCGUUUGUACUUUCACUCUGCCAAAACAGUACACAGCGAGUCACUCACCCUUCUAGAUAACUUGAAACGGUCUACGCAGGUCUUGUGUCUGGAAGUAGCCUACACUAGGUAGCCAACUUCUUUCGCCAAUUAGCUUCAGCUGGCCGGUGUGCGACCGUGUCAAAAUUGGUUUGACUUUGGAUAGCCUAUCUCUGGGGCUAGUUGGGGACUGUCAAUAAAUUACACAAUCUAUGGGACAAUAUUUUCAUGUUGCACAUCUUUGUUGUCUCAUUAAUUGCUUUCAAUAUUUGUAUUUGAAUUUCUACAAUUUGUAGUUGGUUUGAGGUUUUUAAGUCAUUGAAAUUUGGAGCUAUAGAAUUUAAAUAUAUAUAUUGUCCCAUGUACGUUGUGUAAUUUACUGAUGGUUAGCCGCAUAGGGAUAUCGAAUGUCAAACCAAAUUGACCAUUGGCAUUACGAUCGGGACGCGUGCAGCUGCGCUCGGAAUUGAUGAUUACUUGGGUGCUGUGGGCAUGUCGGCAGGAUUGAAAUAAACCCAACCCGAGGAAUACUGUUACGGUACCCUUAAUUCCGGGAUUUAGCAUUCGUAAUUAUCUCGCAAAUCUCUGUUUUAGGACGAGACUGUCUUUAUGACCAAAAUGUAUCCUAUUUACACUUUGUAGUCAAUUUUGACAGUAACAUAAAUAUUUCGGACUAAUAUCGAUGCCACAUAGGCCGUUUCCUACCAGAGAAGUUGUUUAUUGCCUUCAAAGGGAAAAAUCUGAUUCUCAACGUAAUUAUAUAAUAAAUAUAUAAAACAGGCAUUCAGAAUAGUGAUAAUGGCCUACAGUAAUUACUCUGUAAUGUAAUCAGUAAGUGAGGUUUCAGUGGAUAAGAGCAGAUAGUGGACCGUCAAAGAGAGAUGCAGUGCAUUCGGAAAGUAUUCCGACCGCUUGACUUUUUCCACAUUUUGUUACAUAAGUAUUCAGACCCUUUACUCAGUACUUUGGGCCCUGUGUAGCUCAGUUGGUAGAGCAUGGCGUUUGCAACGCCAGGGUUGUGGGUUCGAUUCCCACGGGGGGCCAGUAUGAAAGAAAAUAGGAAAAAAAUGCUCCUUUGGCAGUGAUUACAGCCUUGAGUCUUCUUGGGUAUGACGCUACAAGUUUAGCACACCUGUAUUUGGGGAGUUUCUCCCAUUCUUCUCUGCAGAUCCUCUCAAGCUCUGUCAGGUUGGAUGGGGAGCGUCACUGCACAGCUAUUUUCAGGUCUUUCCAGAGAUGUUCGAUCGGGUUCAAGUCCGGGCUCUGGCUGGGCCACUCAAGGACAUUCAGAGACUUGUCCCGAAGCCACUCCUGAGUUGUCUUGGCUGUGUGCUUAGGGUCAUUGUCCUGUUGGAUGGUGAACCUUUGCCCCAGUCUGAGGUCCUGAGUGCUCUGGAGCAGAUUUUCAUCAAGGAUCUCUCUGUACUUUGCUCUAUUAAUCUUUCCCUCGAUCCUGACUAGUCUCCCAGUCCCUGCCGCUGAAAAACAUCCCCACAGCAUGAUGCUGCCACCACCAUGCUUCACCGUAGGGAUGGUGCUAGGUUUCCUCCAGACGUGACGCUUGGCAUUCAGGCCAAAGAGUUCAAUCCUGGUUUCAUCAGACCAGAGAUUCUUGUUUCUCAUGGUCUGAGAGUCUUUAGGUGCCUUUUGGCAAACUCCAAGCGGGCUGUCAUGUGCCUUUUAGUGAGGAGUGGCUUCUGUCUGGCCACUACCAUAAAGACCUGAUUGGUGGAGUGCUGCAGAGAUGGUUGUCCUUCUGGAGCUCUGUCAGAGUGACCAUCGGGUUCUUGGUCAUCUCCCUGACCAAGGCCCUUCUCCCCCGAUUUCUCAGUUUGGCCGGGCAGCCAGCUCUAGGAAGAGUCUUGGUGGUUCCAAACUUCUUCCAUUUAAGAAUGAUGGAGCCCACUGUGUUCUUGGGGACCUUCAAUGCUGCAGAAUGUUUUGGUACCAUUCCCCAGAUCUGUGCCUGACACAAUACUGUCUCGGAGCUCAACAGACAAUUCCUUCGACCUCAUAGCUUGGUUUUUGCUCUGACAAGCACUGUCAACUGUGGGACCUUAUGUCCAAUCAAUUACAUUUUCCAAAGGUGGACUCCAAUCAAGUUGUAGAAACAUUUCAAGGAUGAUCAAUGGAAACAGGAUGUACCUGAGCUCAAUUUUGAGUCUCAUAGCAAAGGGUCUGAAUACUUAUGUAAAUAAGGUAUUUCUGUUUUUUAUAUUUAAUAAAUGUGCAAACAUUUCUAAAAUCCUCUUUUUACUUUGUCAUUAUGGGGUAUUGUGUGUAGAUUGAUGAGGACAUUUUUAUUAUUUAAUCCAUUUUAGAAUAAGGCUGUAACGUAACAAUGUGGAAAAAGUCAAGGGGUCUGAAUACUUUCCGAAUGUGCUGUAGACAUUCAAGCGAUUUAGGGUGACAAAUAUACCUAUUGUUCCCUAAGACUGGGAGGCAGGCUAAGAUAAUGUAUACUACGGAGUGUAAAGGCAUGAUGUAUGGCUCGUAGACCAGUCUCCAUAGUGCAGAACGGCUAAUCUAGUGCAUGGGGAAGUAUAGUAGAAGGCCCUGUGUAUAGUGCCCAGGCCACUGAGUGUGUUGUCUCUGUUCAUAGUGAAGUACCUGGGCCUGCUGGCCAUGUCCAAGAUACUGAAGACUCAUCCCAAGUCUGUCCAAUCCCACAAGGACCUCAUCCUUCAGUGUCUGGAUGACAAGGACGAGUCCAUCCGCCUGAGGGCUCUAGACCUGCUCUACGGCAUGGUGCUUGUCACUGUCAUAACACAUAGUCAUCGAAUACACAAUGACCCUAACCCCAUGUCUUCACCACCUAUAUCUACUCAUGGGGAAAUGCCUUAAGCUCAAAAACCUAAUUUUCAUGUAUAGCCUAAUGCCUCCCUGAUCACAGUACAGUUUCUGAUCUCCCCAUGGCUCUGUUUCUCAUUGACUAUUUAUUGGUGUGGUCCCAGGUGUCCAAGAAGAACCUGAUGGAGAUAGUGAAGAAGCUGAUGCUGCACGUGGACAAAGCAGAGGGAACCACUUACAGAGACGAGCUGCUCACCAAGAUCAUCGACAUCUGCAGCCAGAGCAACUACCAGUACAUCACCAACUUUGAAUGGUCAGCACAACUUACUGGCAGGGCCAAUAUAUUUUAGAUUCAUACUUUCAUUACACACUUUUAAACUCAUACUUUCUGUGAGUUUGAGUUUCCAUGUGUCUCAAGUAGCGUUGAAAGGCUCACCGAGUCAAAACGCAUUGCAGUAAUGCUUCUUGCUGUCAAUUAUCAACAUUUCACUGAAGUUUUUGCAUCGUUCUGGCCCCCUACUUGUCUUAUUUUUUGGGGGAUUACCUGCCAUUUAGGGGCCUACCUUCCACUUACUUUCUCACCUGUCUCUCAGGUACAUCAGUCUAACCGUCUGUCUCUGUGUCCAUCUCUCAGGUACAUCAGUAUCCUGGUGGAGUUGACCCGUCUAGAGGGCACGCGGCACGGCCACCUCAUCGCCUCCCAGAUGCUGGACGUAGCCAUCCGGGUGAAGGCCAUCCGAGCCUUCGCUGUGGCCCAGAUGGCUGCUCUGCUGGACAACGCCCACCUGCUGACCGGCAACACACAGCACAACGGCAUCUGUGAGGUGCUGUACGCCGCCGCCUGGAUCUGUGGAGAGUUCUCAGAGUAUGUAUUCAUCCAUUCCUCUUCUACAAGAACACGUGCGCACACAUACACUUUUUAGCAAGACUGUUUUACACUAAGUCAAACUAGCUCAAAUCAGGCCAGUUCAGCCCUGUAUCAUUGGCUUAUCCCUCAUCCUGUACCAUCCUAUCUCCCCCCAGACACCUGGAGGAUCCCAUGGCGACCCUGGAAGCCAUGCUGCGGCCCAAGGUGGCCACCCUGCCGGGCCACAUCCAGGCUGUGUACGUGCAGAACGCUGCCAAGCUGUUUGCUACGGUGCUGCGCGGCCAGGAGGGGGCGCCAGCGGACAGCAAGGUGACCCAGGAGACCAGCCAGCUGCUCAUUGACAGGCUGCCUGUGUUUGUCCAGAGCGCCAACCUGGAGGUGCAGGAGAGGGUGAGUCACACAGCUAACCUCGGUUAACCUCAGGGGGCUAUUGGCCGUUUGAAAGGAGAAUACCUUUUCCAGUAUGCUUCUCUCUCUGUGCUCCCCUCCCCAGGCCUCCUGCAUCCUGCAGCUGGUGAAGUACAUCCAGAAGCUGCAGCAGAAGGACGUGGAGGUGGCUGAGGAGGUGACUGCUCUGUUUGCUGGAGAGCUCAACCCUGUGGCCCCCAAGGCACAGAAGAAAGUGCCGGUUCCUGAAGGGUCAGUCUGCCUGCCGCUCUCCCCUACUCACAAUUUAAGCUUAUAGUGAUACACAACAUCAGAAAUAUAUUUUAUAGUAUUACACUGAACAAAAAUAUAAACACAACAUAUAAAGUGUUGGUCUAAUGUUUCAUGAGCUGAAAUAAAAUAACCCAGACAUUUUCCAGAUGCACAAAAAGCUUAUUUCUCUCAAAUUUGUUUAAAUCCCUGUUAGUGAGCAUUUCUCCUUUGCCAAGAUAAUCCAUCCACCUAACAGUUGUGGCAUAUCAAGAAGCUGAUUAAACAGCAUGAUCAUUACACAGGUGCACCUUGUGCUGGGGACAAUAAAAGGCCACUCUAAAAUGUGCAGUUUUGUCACACAAUGCCACAGAUGUCUAAGUUUUGAGGGAGCGUGCAAUUGGCAGGCUGACUGCAGGAAUGUCCACCAGAGCUGUUGCCAGUAAUUUAAUGUUCACAUCCAACCGGCCUAACAACCGCAGACCAUGUGUAACCACGCCAACCCAGGACCUCCACAUCUGGCUUCUUCACCUGGGGGAUCGUCUGAGACCAGCCACCCGGACAGCUGAUGAAACUGUGGGUUUGCCCAACCGUAUAAUUUCUGCACAAACUGUUAGAAACAACCUCAGUGAAUCUCAUCUGCGUGCUCGUCGUCCUCACCAGGGUUUUGACCUGACUGCAGUUCGGCGUCAUAACCGACUUCAUAUCAUAUCAAAUCAAAUCAAAUUUUAUUUGCCACAUGCGCUGAAUACAACAGGUGUAGACAUUACCGUGAAAUGCUUACUUACAGCCCUUAACCAAAAAUGCAUUUAUUUUUUAAUAAAGUAAAAUAAAACAACAACAACAAAAAAGUGUUGAGAAAAAAAGAGCAGAAGUCAAAUAAAAUAACAGUAGGGUGGCUAUAUACAGGGGGGUACCGGUGCAGAGUCCACAAUCAUCUCCUUUGCCUUGGUCACAUUGAGGGAGAGGUUGUUAUCCUGGCACCACACGGCCAGGUCUCUGACCUCCUCCCUAUAGGCUGUCUCAUCGUUGUCGGUGAUCAGGCCUACCACUGUUGUGUCGUCGGCAAACUUAAUGAUGGUGUUGGAGUCAUGCCUGGCCAUGCAGUCAUGGGUGAACAUGGUGUACAGGAGGGGACUGAGUACGCACCACUGAGGGGCCCCCGUGUUGAGGAUCAGCGUGGCAGAUGUGUUGUUACCUACCCUUACCACCUGGGGGCGGCCCGUCAGGAAGUCCAGGAUCCAGUUGCAGAGGGAGGUGUUUAGUCCCAGGAUCCUUAGCUUAGUGAUGAGCUUUGAGGGCACUAUGGUGUUGAAUGCUGAGCUGUAGUCAAUGAAUAGCAUUCUCAAUUGCAUUGUGUCGAUGGCAAUUUGAAUGCACAGAGAUACAGUGACGAGAUCCUGAGGCCCAUUGUCAUUAAACCACUUUCAUCAUCUCAUGUUUCAGCAUGAUAGUGCACGGACCCAUGUCGCAAGGAUAUGUACACAAUUCCUGGAAGCUGAAAAUGUCCCAGUUCUUCCAUACUCACCAGACUUGUCACCCAUUGAGCAUGUUUGGGAUGCUGUGGAUCGACUGGUACGACAGCUUGUUCCAGUUCCUGCCAAUAUCCAGCAACUUCACACAGCCAUUGAAGAGGAGUGGGAUAACAUUCCACAGGCCACAAUCAACAACUCUAUGCGACUCUAUGCGAAGGAGAUGUGUCGCGCUGAAUGAGGCAAAUGGUGGUCACACCAGAUGCUGACUGGUUUUCUGAUCCACGCCCCUACAUAAAAAAAAAAAAGGUGUCUGUGACCAACAGAUGCAUAUCUGUAUUCCCAGUCAUGUGCAAUCCAUAGAUUAGGGCCUAAUUAAUUGAUUUCAAUUGAUUGAUUUCCUUUAUAUGAACUGUAAUUCAGUAAAAUCUUUGAAAUUGUUGCAUUUUGCGUUUAUAUAUUUUUUCAAUGUACUUUAUGCAGCCCAUUAGACAAUUUUAGAUAAUGCAAGGUAGCUUUGUUGUAUACACUGUCUGUAACCAAGUUUCCAUCCACAGUUUUUAUGCGAGUUAAGUCAUACCGUAUAUACAAAUUAAAAAAACUGGAUGAUUCAGUACAAUUUUAUAAACAGAGAAUGUAUUGUCUUGGUUUUGUCCCCAGUCUGGACCUGGAUGCGUGGAUCAAUGAGCCUCCGUCUGGGAGUGAGUCUGAGGAUGAGGGCAGGAAGUCCAAGGGCAAGGCUGUAUUUGCCAAGGAGGAGUCCAGACACACCAAGCCACGCUACACUGAGGUGGACGAGAAGGAACUGGCCAAGGUAAGAUGGGAAUUUACAAGCCAAUAAUCGCUGCUGUAUACGCAUUGAGAUACAAGCUCCUCAAUUCUUUCAACAGUUGAUCUGUUGCUGAUGUUAAAUCUUUGGUGAUGCUAAAACAAUCAGACACUGAAGAGGUACACAGGUACACACCACAUCAUUUUCAUAUGACUGACUUGAUACUGUUUCUCCCUCCAGAGGAGAGAAGUAAGGAAGGCCGAGCAGGCCAACAACCCCUUCUACAUCAAGGCCUCCCUGUCCUCUCAGAAGGUACGCCCUGCAUCAUCACCCAAUCGGCAGCUAGUCUUAUUUGUUAACCUGACUCUUACAGAAAUGUAAUUAAUUACACAUUUCAAACCACUUGAAUAUACUUCCAUCUAAAUAUGAUAAUUUAACCAGUGCGUCAAUCUAAGUUACAUAACAAAAAAAUCCCCAUCAAAAUCCAUCAGUUUAAGCUAGAGAUAUGUUUUUUUGCAUUGGAUGCGUCUCAAUCCACCUACGUCACACUUCCGCAUCUGCUGUGAAAGAUGGCAGAGCUAGAGCGGUGUUUGUCAGACCAUGAGACAUCCAGAAAAUCGGUCUUCUCAUGUUAUGACCACUCUAUGGAAAGGGGAGACUCUCAUGAACACGAUGGUUUUUGUCUACGACCCCCACAAGUGUCAGGAGACUCGUCUGAAGUCGGUACCGUCGAUGUGCCAACUUCUGUUUGGUAGCGUCCGAACAGUUUGGGCUACAAACUAAAGGGACCCCCACUAUGGAAAGGGGAGACUCUCACGAACACAAGUGUCACGGGACUCGUCUGGAGGUAAUCGGUACCAGUUUAAAUAAACAAAUGGAAGUAUGAAGGUAGUUUUGUGCCUACCCAAAAUAAAUGGUUAAAUAUGUGUACAAAAAAUUUAUAAUAAUAUAUAUAUAUUUACGGAUUAUUAUUUUUUAUAUUUUUAUAAAUAUCCUAGAUUUAGGACAGACACUUCAAAACCUUGUUUCUUAUUAUUCAUUUUUUGACUGUUCUUUUAGCCAUUUAUGAAUGUUAUUCAAUGCGUUUCUAUGGUCUUUAGUAGUAAAGGCCAAAAUCAAUAUUUGAUCAACCAUUUUUUGUUAUAAAAAAACAUAUCUAAAGGGGUCCUAAAAUUCAAUAUCAAAUAGCUAAAUGAUCAAUAGUAUGACCAACUUAAAAACAAUUCCAUGUCUGCUUAGCACCCCCCUCUCCGAAGGUCUUAGACUAAAUCAUUAUAUUGACUAGAAGCCUUUGUUCUUUUAUGUUAUAUGCCAUUCACAUCCCUAUGUUAUAGUUCCUGUGUUUUAAGAUGUGUGUGUGUGUGUGUGUGUGUGCAGGUGUACCAGGAUGCUGUUGGUGUGGAGCACAUUCCAGUGGUGCAGAUUGACCUCAGUGUGCCUCUCAAAGUCCCAGGUCAGUUCCUCUGGCCACUACACUAUAAACUACUGAUUUCAAUGUACAGUGUAUCAGUCAGUGGUUCUGCAAACAGGACUCUGUAUCCAAACCUAACCCAUCUCCCUCUUUCUCUCUUCACCUCUGUCAUAACUAAUCCCCUCUUCUGUACAUCUUUCUCUCUCGCCUCUUUCUGUGUAAUAACUUGACCCCACUUCCUCUUUCUGUGUAAUAACUUGACCCCACUUCCUCUUUCUUUCUCUUUCUUCCUUUCUCCCUCCCGUUGGGUUUAGGGAUGCCAAUGUCAGACCAGUAUGUGAAGCUGGAAGAGGAGCGUCGGGAGAAAAACAAGGCAGACAGGAAGAAGAAGGACAAGAAGAAGAGGAGGGAGAAGGGCCGCCGGAGGAGGGGGGACUCGGGCCCAGAGAGCGAGGAGGACAUCACCCCUGCACACAUGGUGGACAUCGUCACUGAGGAGAUGCCAGAGGUACAGUAGGCCAGGCUGAGAUGCCAGGCAGGGAUGCCAGGGGUACAGUAAGCCAGGCAGAGAUGCCAGGGGGUAGAGUCAUGGGGUAGAGGCCAGGAACUUUCAUAGGUGGUUCAGAGUGUUGCAGAUAAUAGAAAUGUGGCAUACCUUUGAUAAUAAUUGCAUAUGCAAGGAUGUUAUUUUGCUCUGUCACUAACUCCAUUCUCUUGCUGUCUCAGAAUGCCUUGCCCAGUGAUGACGAUGACAAAGAUCCUAACGACCCCCACAAAGCUUUGAACAUCGACCUGGACAAGUGAGUUCACUCAUCAUCACUGACCUCUCUCUGUAUUACAGAUGUCCACUAAUGGAUUAGUAUGAAAGCGAAGGCUAUAUAACCUGGCUGUGCUAUUAUCUAUUCUGUGGGGGUGUAUAAUCUCUUCCUGGCUCCACUGAUGAGAGGCUGGUGCUGUGCUGGACUGGCCCUCUUCAUCCUCACACACUCCCUCUCACUGUGUUGUGCUCUGCUCUGUGGUUCUUUCCCUCGGUGUCUCUCUCUUAUGCACACACACACACCUCUAUCCCCUUGACUGCGCAGUUUGCUGGUGGCAUCUCGCAGGUGAGUACCUUCUCAGCCUCAGGAGAAGCCCCGUCUGGGCUGGACUCUAGUCUCUCUCUCUCUCUCUCUCUCUCUCUCUCUCUCUCUCUCUCUCUCUCUCUCUCACACUCACACUCACACUCACACUCACACUCACUCACUCACUCACUCACUCACUCACUCACUCACUCACUCACUCACUCACUCACUCACUCACUCACUCACUCACUCACUCACUCACUCACUCUAGCUCUCUCUCUCGCUCUCUCUCUCUCUCUCUCUAGCUCUCUGUCUCUGUCUCUCUCUCUCUCUCUCUCUCUCUAGCUCUCUGUCUCUGUCUCUCUCUCUCUGUGUCUCUCUCCUCUCUCUCUCUCCUCUCUCUCUCUAUCUCUCUCGGCAUGAUGUGACUUUACAGUUUGAAGUUUGAUCCUUCUUUUCAACAACACUCUCCUCUUGCUCACCCCUACUCCAUUUGAAACCUUCUACAAGCUCAUUUCAGAAUAUCAGCAUUCCCUCCAUACAAAACUCUGUUAAUGUGCCCACAUUGUGGCUGGAGACGAAGAAAAGCGCUCUCACUUCUCACGAACAUAAACAGAUUGAUGUGAUAAGAUGAGAGUUUCUAGAUUUCUCAGUGGAACUGCUGAUUUUCUCAAGUCAUGACUCAAUCACCAUUACUGCUCAUGGACGACUACUGUUUUUACUAGUCAAAUCCUCACCCAAUCCAUGUCUGAGUAUGGUUACAAUGCGAUUGUUGUGGAUAGUCAGGUUAAUAUAAUAGUUUGAUUAAAACGUUUACAUGCUUUGCAAGGAGAACAAUUUCACUAAUAAUCCUGUUUACAUGGACACAUCUGAUAUCAGGCUACCUGAUGGCACGCUGAUAAAUGCAGAAAAUCUCCAGUCAAAAUAAAUGUUCUACCACAGCGACCGUUCUGAGUUCGGACAUAUAAAGUUUGUAUGUGAAAACUACUUCUAAGACACAUACAUUCAGUUGUUCCGAACUCACUUCACUCGCGCUAAAGAGGGAGGCUCGCUCAGCUGGUGCUAGCACAUGAGCAGAUCAAAUACACUGCUAGAACGCCGAUUACGGUGUUUACAUGUCCUAAUAAUUCGAAAGAUUCCUCAGAAAACCAGGUGUUUUUAAUCGGCGUAUGCUUACUUUGAUUUUGACCUUACACCGAUUUUAAGAUAAGCAGGGUAGGGUGUUUACAUGACUAUUGCAUAAUCUGCCUACUGCCAUAAUCAGUUUAAUAUAGAAUUAUUACUGUGCAUGUAAACGUACUCAGUUACAGAGGCAUCAAUCCAAUUCUGAUAUUGGAUAAACCUGUUAAUGGGGGUCUCCCUCCAGACCUCCCAGCUCUGCCUGAGGAAUGGCUUUGAAGGUUUAUGCUGAGGAAGUUUGUGUUUGAGAUAUCAUGCACCUGAGUGGAGUGGAUGGGUUUGUCUCAACUAGCUUCCUUUCAUAAUCUCCUUUCCUUCACUGGCAUUGAUAAGUGAAUAGACUGGAUAGGUUCUCACCAUGCUGCUUUUAACUUGUAUUUUCCUCCCAGAUCAGUGGUCAUAGAGGAAAGGAGGCUAGUUAAGACUAUUGAGACAGCCAAUGGCUAUAGUUUGACCAGAAUCACCAUGUACACCCAGGGCUGUGGUUUUAUGCGUUUCCUCUGUGCUCUCAGGCCCCUGGCAGACAGUGAGAAGAAGCUGCCAGUCAGGACACACCGUCCCGAUGAGGUCCUCAAGAGCCCCGUAGAGGACGGGGAGGGGUUGGAGGUCGCUUCAGAGCCCAAGAAGAAGAGCGGGAAGGAGAAGAAGGAUAAGGACAAGGAGAGGAAGGUGAGGCCCUGUUCUUUAUUUCUUUAGAAUAUUUUUCAUAUUUUUGACGUCUCUGUUAUUUGUGACCUUAUUGUCUUGAGGAGUGUUUUUGUUGUCAUUGUAGAAGGGUAAAGAGAUGAAGAAGAAUAAGAAGAAGAAGAAACACAAACAAGAGGAAGGGGAGGAUCUUAUGGAGGCUGGGUCAGAGGAACCUGUCCAAUCAGAAGUGACCAACGAUGUGGCAGCCCAGCCUCCUGCCUCCACACCAGAGGUAUGACAUCACAAAGGGAGGGACUACCUUUUUUACAGGGACAAGAUUUGCACAAUGUCAUUCUGUGUAGGGUAUUUUGACACUCCUGUUAUUCAUCAACAUCUAUUGAAGAAUGAAGACUGACACUAAAUCAUUUUAAACUAAACUAAGAAUUUGAUUGAAUUACAUUUAUAUAAGCUUAAAUAUUUUGAUUUCCCAAAAAUGUCAAGUUUAGAUAAUCUGUCAAGCAAACACAUUUCUUUGAUCAUUUUCAUUUAUCAAACAUUGUCAUUGCUUCUUUCAAGCCCCCUCACCAUCCUAUCAGCAAUAAAGAUUAAAUCAAGUAUCAAUCAGUAUUUGUUCUAAGAUUGUAGUAUGUGUAGUCUCUCUCUUGAAAUACUUGAUUUAUUCAUGAAAAUAACCGUGUAAUCUCUGUAUCCAUUUUCAUGAAGAGGUAGCACUAAAAUGUUUAUCCUCUACCCCCUCCCCCAUCACUCUCGCUCCCUCUCCCUCUCCCACUGUUCUAGGCUUCGGAUCUGGAUUUCUGGCUCUCAAAUGCUCCAGUGCCCUCUAACCCUCAGGUUGAGUUCCCCUCUCUCUCUCUUAGUCGCUCCUUGUCCUUGUUGUCAUUUAUUUGUGUUCUAACAGUACCUCUCCAUCUAUUCUCUGCUCUCGUCUGAUCCUCCUCGCCAUGCGUGGUUCUUUCUUUCCUACCAUCCACUCUUCUCUUCUUUCACCCUCUCUUUCACAGGUCAUGUAACCCUACUUUCGUUGUCUGUUCUUCUGCCUGUGUGUUUCUUAGUGUUGGUUCUCUCUUUUGGUUUUGCUCUGUGUGUCUGUUUCUCGUCAGUGUUGUUGUCAAGUUCAGGGGCCUCAGGGUCUGGAAUCUUGCUGACAGUUCUUGUUGUUCCAGUCAAACCAAUGCAGCAGUAGCAUAGCUCUUCGUGUGUAGUAUGACUACGUAUAGACAGUGUUUUUGACUACAUACUGACUGAGUGCGUGUAACUGCAGACAACCGCUCUAGCCCAGAGCAGCUGUCAGACCAGGUGGAAGACUAAUGACAAUGGUACAGUAUUCAGUUUAAAGUUAGACUAGGUCAUAAAGUUUAGCUCUGUGACCACACACUCUCUGUCCUCUGUUAUGAACUACUGUAUGGGACUGUUUCAAGCAGAAUCUGAUCAUUAGAUAUACAUUGUUUUGGGGCUCUGCAUGUUGAGAAAUGUAUCAGGAACUUUGUUUACACCACACCAACUGUCUGCCCUCAGGAAAUAAGCUACGUCUAGCAGUCACCCAAACAUGACUUCACAGUUCACACAUCCUGUUAGAACAUGUUUCUGUAUUUCUGUUUUUUGAACUGGUUUGAGUCUAUUUAUUGUUCCACUAAAGCACAGAUGUGAAGGGAUCCUAUCGACAAUGGGUCCAUUGGAACAAUGUCAGCAUUUUGAGAACUUCUUAACAACAAACAAAUGACUACAACUAACCCAAACUACUACUACCUGUACUUGUAUAUGAUCAAUAAAUGACAAUGUGUGUUGUAUGUCAAUAAUCAUCCUAAAUGUGUCCAUACUAUGUAUGUGGUGACAGGAGGCAGCAGCAGUAACGGACGCUCCCCCUGCCUCCACCCCUGAGGUGGCUUCUAGUGUGGCUGCGAUGGCACCAGACUCUGAACCUGAAGAGACUGUGAGUCACUCCACUCUGCUGAUGAUGUCAUAAUCACGAGACAGAAACCUUAGCUGUUACUAAGGAUAAUUUUUAUUUUGUGUGUGUAAGAUUUUAUUUGAUAUUUUAUAAACAAUACAAAACAUACAAACGAAAGCAUCAUUCAUUUCUAAGGAUUCUACAUUAAAGACUAGCGCAACAGGAUACUGUAUUUUGACAGAUCUUGUCUGAGCACUUCACCUUUGGAAACUCUCCCUCCCUCUUUCUGAAUAGACUGCCCUCUACAUCAUCCCCUGCUUGUUUCCCUCUCAGAAAUCCUCCAAGCACAAGAAGAAGAAGCAGAAAAAGGAGGAGAAGGACAAGAAAAAGAAGAAGAAGCACCACCAUCAUCAUCACCAUAGUGAUGGAUCCGGAGACGAGUCUGUGCAGAACGGCACGGUGGAGGAGGAGGAGCCUCUGCCGGUCAGUAACCAAUCACCUUUCAUUCUGUCCACGCAGUCCAAUCCCUGUCCACUGGACGUUCAAGUCAUAAAUGCAGUACUGUCCGUAUAAAUCUACCCUUUCAUUGUAUGGUUUUGUCAAAACUUCCCAACCUUCACCCAUUGAUUUGACACAAGUAUGUCAAGUAUGAAGUGUUUAUACACUCCCUAUCUCAAAUAGCAUAUAUACAGAAUCCAGACCUGGGACUGGUUCCCUUGUUUGCAUAUUGAGUGACAAGCGAGAACUGACCAGACUCUUCUCUCGUUAAAGCCCAUGUCCAAUUACGCCCUGCUGGCUGAGAACUCCUACAUCAAGAUGGUGAGUGUGAUGGAGGGAGACGCUUGGGUCCACUGGAGAAGUAUACUAUUGUUGUGAACUGGGAGGAGUCAUUGUAACAUAUAUAUAUACAGUGGGGGAAAAAAGUAUUUAGUCAGCCACCAAUUGUGCAAGUUCUCCCACUUAAAAAGAUGAGAGAGGCCUGUAAUUUUCAUCAUAGGUACACGUCAACUAUGACAGACAAAUUGAGAGAGAAAAAAUCCAGAAAAUCACAUUGUAGGAUUUUUAAUGAAUUUAUUUGCAAAUUAUGGUGGAAAAUAAGUAUUUGGUCACCUACAAACAAGCAAGAUUUCUGGCUCUCACAGACCUGUAACUUCUUCUUUAAGAGGCUCCUCUGUCCUCCACUCGUUACCUGUAUUAAUGGCACCUGUUUGAACUUGUUAUCAGUAUAAAAGACACCUGUCCACAACCUCAAACAGUCACACUCCAAACUCCACUAUGGCCAAGACCAAAGAGCUGUCAAAGGACACCAGAAACAAAAUUGUAGACCUGCACCAGGCUGGGAAGACUGAAUCUGCAAUAGGUAAGCAGCUUGGUUUGAAGAAAUCAACUGUGGGAGCAAUUAUUAGGAAAUGGAAGACAUACAAGACCACUGAUAAUCUCCCUCGAUCUGGGGCUCCACGCAAGAUCUCACCCCGUGGGGUCAAAAUGAUCACAAGAACGGUGAGCAAAAAUCCCAGAACCACACGGGGGGACCUAGUGAAUGACCUGCAGAGAGCUGGGACCAAAGUAACAAAGCCUACCAUCAGUAACGCACUAUGCUGCCAGGGACUCAAAUCCUGCAGUGUCCCCCUGCUUAAGCCAGUAAAUGUCCAGGCCCGUCUGAAGUUUGCUAGAGUGCAUUUGGAUGAUCCAGAAGAGGAUUGGGAGAAUGUCAUAUGGUCAGAUGAAACCAAAAUAGAACUUUUUGGUAAAAACUCAACUCGUCGUGUUUGGAGGACAAAGAAUGCUGAGUUGCAUCCAAAGAACACCAUACCUACUGUGAAGCAUGGGGGUGGAAACAUCAUGCUUUGGGGCUGUUUUUCUGCAAAGGGACCAGGACGACUGAUCCGUGUAAAGGAAAGAAUGAAUGGGGCCAUGUAUCGUGAGAUUUUGAGUGAAAACCUCCUUCCAUCAGCAAGGGCAUUGAAGAUGAAACGUGGCUGGGUCUUUCAGCAUGACAAUGAUCCCAAACACACCGCCCGGGCAACGAAGGAGUGGCUUCGUAAGAAGCAUUUCAAGGUCCUGGAGUGGCCUAGCCAGUCUCCAGAUAUCAACCCCAUAGAAAAUCUUUGGAGGGAGUUGAAAGUCCGUGUUGCCCAGCGACAGCCCCAAAACAUCACUGCUCUAGAGGAGAUCUGCAUGGAGGAAUGGGCCAAAAUACCAGCAACAGUGUGUGAAAACCUUGUGAAGACUUACAGAAAACGUUUGACCUGUGUCAUUGCCAACAAAGGGUAUAUAACAAAGUAUUGAGAAACUUUUGUUAUUGACCAAAUACUUAUUUUCCACCAUAAUUUGCAAAUAAAUUCAUAAAAAAUCCUACAAUGUGAUUUUCUGGGGAAAAAAUCUCAAUUUGUCUGUCAUAGUUGACGUGUACCUAUGAUGAAAAUUACAGGCCUCUCUCAUCUUUUUAAGUGGGAGAACUUGCACAAUUGGUGGCUGACUAAAUACUUUUUUCCCCCACUGUAUAUAAUACAGUCCAUUCGGAAAGUAUUCAGACCCCUUCCCUUUUUCCACGUUUUGUUAUGUUACAGCCUUAUUCUAAAAUUGAUUAAAUAAUUGUUUCCCCUCAUCAAUCUACACACAAUACCCCAUAAUGACAAAGUGAAAACAGGUUUUUAGAAAUAUUUGCAAAUGUAUUAAAUAUUAAAAACAGAUACCUUAUUUACAUAAGUAUUCAGUCCCUUUGCUAUGAGACUCGAAAUUGAGCUCAGGUGCAUCCUGUUUCCAUUGAUAAUCCUUGAUGUUUCUACAACUUGAUUGGAGUCCACCUGUGGUAAAUUCAAUUAAUUGGACAUGAUUUGGAAAGGCACACACCUGUCUAUAUACGGUCCCACAGUUGACAGUGCAUGUCAGAGCAAAAACCAAGCUAUGAGGUCAAAUAAAUUAUCCGUACAGCUCCGAGACAGGAUUGUGUCGAGACACAGAUCUGGGGAAUGGUACGAAAAAAUGUCUGCAGCAUUGAAUGUCCCCAAGAACACAGUGGGCUCCAUCAUUCUUAAAUGGAAGAAGUUUGGAACCACCAAGACUCUUCGCUGAGCUGGCCGCCCGGCCAAACUGAGCAAUCGGGGGAGAAGGGUCUUGGUCAGGGAGGUGACCAAGAACCUGAUGGUCGCUCUGACAGAGCUCCAGAGUUCCUCUGUGGAAAUGGGAGAACCUUCCAGAAGGACAAACAUCUCUGCAGCACUCCACCAAUCAGGCCUUUAUGGUAGAGUGCCAGAUGGAAGCCACUCCUCAGUAAAAAGCACGUGACAGUCUGCUUGGAGUUUGCCAAAAGGCACCUAAAGGACUCUGACCAUGAGAAACAAGAUUCUCUGGUCUGAUGAAACCAAGAUUGAACUCUUUGGCCUGAAUGCCAAGCAUCACGUCUGGAGGAAACCUGGCACCAUCCUUACGGUGAAGCAUGGUGAUGGCAGCAUCAUGCUGUGGGGAUGUUUUUCAGUACUGAGUAAAGGGUAUGAAUACUUAUAUAAAUGUGAUAUUUCUAAAAACCUGUUUUUGCUUUGUCAUUAAUGGGUAUUGUGUGUAGAUUGAUGAGGGGGAAAAAACAAUUGAAUCAAUUUUAGAAUAAGGCUGUAACGUAACAAAAUGUGGAAAAAGUCAAGGGGUCUGAAUACUUUCCAAAUGCAGUGUAUGUACUGUAAGUGGACCCCCCUUAUGCUCUUGCUUUUUCUUUCUGUCAAGAUGAAGCAGGAUACUGAUGAGGUAUUGGCUGAGGUUCUGUGAACUGCAGGCUAUGGGUUUUACAGGAGAAUCUUCUAGAUGUGCUGUGUGGUUGUGCUUUUUCUCAGACUGUGCCCCCUGGCUUAAUCACCCUGUGAUAACCAAGCUGUUAUGCAGAGACGUGUAUAUUGGAAAAUGUGACCCUGUUAUUCAGAACACCAUAAGCCAGGGGCAUCCCCUUGAGUGUGUGAUGUUACGAUUCUACUGUCCUAUCAGUGCUGUUUCCAGGGUGCUUCAGAAAAAUCACAUGGGAUUCAUGUUGGGAUUGGAAUGGUUGAAUGGAUUUGCUGGUUUGCUGUGGUUAUGCAUGCAAGUCAAUCUGCUGGGCUCCUUGUGUGAACACUGCUGGCUACGGAGGGGAUCGACCUCAGCUUAAUCUCUCUCUCUUUCCCUCUCUAGGUGUGUGACAUCCAGGGGAACCUGCAUGAUGGUAGCCAGGUGGUGGUCUCUGUUAUCUUUGAGAAUAAGUGUGACAGCUUCAUCAAGUCCAUGGAGUUGAACGUGCUGGACUCUCUCAACUCCAAGCUGCAGCGGCCUGAGGGAGCCGGUCCCACAUGACAGCCUCACCGUGCCCUUCCAACUGCCCCCCGGUGAGGAAGCGGGAGAGUCUGGGAGGAGGAAAAAGCUAUGGAGCUUGUUGUUGAAAUAAAAGAGCUAAAUUCACAUCCAAAUAUUCAUAUUCCCAGUUUACAUCCAAAUUAAUCUGUUUUUUCUCUCUCUCUUGUUCCUCAGGGAUCUCUAACGAGGCACAGUUCAUCUUCUCAGUGCAGAGCAUUGUGAUGCCCCAGAAACUGAAGGGAACCCUCACCUUCAUAGUCAAGGUGAGUUAGUCUUGCUCACCACAAAGCCCCCACAUUCCCCACUCUCCCUGUGACUUUGAUUCUGGGUACACUCUAUUUCACUGCUCAGGGUUCUACUGACUUUUUUCCUCAUAUGUAAAAGCGUAUUGUUAUGUUCUCCCACAGACUGAUGAUUCCUCCACUCACGAGAAACUAGACUUUAAACUGCACUUUACCUGCACCUCAUACCUGAUCACCACUCCCUGCUACAGGUCAGUGGAGCUAGCUGUCCCCAAAGAACCUCAUUCUGCUGUUUUAAUAAUAAUUAACGUUACCUAACUGAAUAUUUGGAGCUAUUGGCUUAGUGUAUUGUGCCCUGAUCUGAAUUUAAGAUUAAACUGCUGGUGAACUGCUUGCUAUGUGAUGCGUAGUGAAUGUGAUUGCUGUUGUUGUUUGCAGUGACGCAUAUGCUAAGCUGUUGGAGUCAGGGGACCUCAAGGGAAGCUCUCUGAAGCUGGAGGGAGUCAACCAGCCUUUCCACCAUCUACUGGCCAGGAUCUGCUUCCACCACCACUUCUCUGGUGGGUACACUGGGACUGGGGCAUACAGGGGGAAGGUGAAGGGGAGGCAGAGGCAGAGGGAGACGGGGAGAGGGUGGGGGAUAGGAUAGGGACUGGGGAAUACAGGGGAGAGGGUGGGGCAUGGGGAGGUAUUAGGUGAAGAAUGGACAUAUUUAUUGAGGUGUUUUUGUAGUUCACUGUGUCCUCUUGCAGAAAUCUCCCUCUUUGAAUGAACAUUAAGAUGAUGAUAAUGUGGUAGAUAAAGACCUUAGAUUUUGAAAUGUUUAAUGAGCUUACGGUUGUGUUCCUGUCUCUUAACCAGUGGUGGAGAGGAUUGCUUCCUGUGCCUCCAUGUACAGCAGGUCAAUCCAGGGUCACCACGUGUGUCUGCUGGUCAAAACUGUAAGUAGCUCCCUUCCUCCUCGUUAAUCAGGGGGCCAGACAUUCAAAUAUUGGUCUCCAUUUAACUCAAAUGAGAUCUUCUUCUCAGACAUCCUUGUAACCUUUGCCCUCUCUGUCUGUCUGUGUCCCUGUCCAUCGCAGGCUGAUCAGACAGUGUCCAUCGAUGCUAAAUGUGACGAGCCGGGGCUGCUUGGGAAUGUGCUGGAUGAGAUCAAGCUGACCUUCUCUCAGUGCUGAUUGUGUGUCUGACAGCCCCUUGGUGCCCCCCUACCCUCUUCUCAACCCCUCCUUCACUGAAAAACACAUAUAAUCAUGUUACAAACACUGUGGCUGGCACUCUGUUUCACCCUAUUAAUUAGUCCUCAGAAUCACACAUUUCCUUGACUCCCCUCUUACACUCAGAACUGCUCUUUCUCCUUCACUGUUUAACUGAUUUGGUCUAUGCUCACCCCCUCUGUGCACUUUUAGUUUCACUUCCUCGUUUCGAACCACUCUUCCUCUCCACUUAGUUCCACUGUCAGAAUACUGGUUUUCCCUGCUUCCUCCCUUCUAUCUCUCUCAUUGGCAUUACAAUCUGUGACAGUCAUGCUGACAACUGGACUUUUUUUUUUGUUGUUGGUUGAAUUGUGUUUUUACUGUUUUGAAUUGUUUUUGUUUGUUUGUUGAUGUUUGACGUCCGUCUGCGCCUUUCCCCCUUGUUGCAUUAAACAUCAGCGUGUUACUACUAAUCUCCUCUAUAGUCCCGUAGAAUGUGUGACUUCCUCUGACUGGCCCUAGCUGGAAACAUCAUGUCAACUCUAAACUGCUCAUUGACCUGACCUCCUGUCUGGAGAAACUGACCUCCCCUCUGGUGUCACUGCUCUAUGCUUCAACUAUGCUAAGCUUCAGUUUGACCCGUGUCACGGUAACAUAUCAAUCCCUAUAAGAAUUGUAAAUGCCUGAGCUGGAAAGUUACACUAAGAGUGUAUUGGAAAAGGAGAAUGCAGGCGGUUCCACUGGGACCAUGUCAGAACGUAGACUCCUUGAAAAAAAGUAUGUUUCUUUGUCCGGUUCCCUUGCUCUGUCUCUUAUUAUAGACAUGGGUAGAAUGGUGUCUUUUUACAAUUGAAUGAUUUAACGCUUUGAUUAUGCUGUAAUGAAGGAUAUUUUACGGCUCAUCUGCAGUGCUGUUCUGGACUUCUCUCUCUUGCCUCUGCCAUGUCUACAGUAUCUGAAGUGAGUGACAGAAUAAUAUAGAACUUGUGGCAAAUGAAGGCCAGCUAUCACAUAUUGCAGCUAGAGAGCAGAUAGCGCCUCUCACGUGGCUUUGCUAUAAUAGCAGGCUCUCCAUACUUAACUGUUCAAGUUCUCCUAUAUGUUGAUAGACUUCGUUUGGGAUCUCCUAUGGGGAUGGAAGGCUAUUCUAGUCGUAAUUUCAUUCUGCCAGAGCAAUGGUACUUAGUUGAUAUAUUUUAUUUUUAAUCAGUAUUAGCCAAUAUGGCUUCUUGUUUACUACUCCUUUCUUGAGACAGCAAACAAGUCGUCAGUCAAGACGUUUGUCUUUCAUAUCAUCCAAACCUCUUGCACCUGUGCCACUUUGACUCUCACACUCCACAACACAUCCUACAUGUCACUGAUAUACAGUCAUAAACCGAUCUUACUCCAGUGUUAUCUUCUCUCAGAACUGCCUUGCCACAUCCUGUGCAUUGACACUAUGAUAAACAUGAAUGGUCAUCAUUUAAAUGGCUUCUUCCUUUCAUGACUUGCUCAAAGUACUUGCUGUCUAGUUACUCUCAACACGUCUCACUGCCUGGUCCAGCACGAUGUAGUAGCAACUUUAAACUGAUCCCAUCAUUUUUUUGUUUGUAUCCCAACUAACCCGCAUUCCUGUCUUGCAAGUGUAGAUGA